UCUUGUGAUAUACCAUCGGUCACAAAUAUCGAAUCCGGACGCGUUUGGCUUGCUCCUGCUACCAGUGUUCGAUUACUUAUUACCGUAACCUGGUCGUUAUCCAGAUCCGACCAACAAUUGAUCACUUUAAAACAAUGUCUUCUCACUGCUCUUCGGCAUGCAGCACUAUGGAAUCAAUUGAACCUUCAACCUUCGCUUACCGUCGAGCCUUCACAAGUUUCGAGUACAUGUCUCCUUCUGGCCAUAUCAUUGACUACCGCACCUGCGCAAGUCGUGAACAAGAAAGCACCCACCCAUCGUCUGGGUAAGGAUGUUCCCUUCAGCCACCUCAAACCUCCAGAGGACCUGCCGCACUGGACUCUUGACCAGGUGCACUUGACGUUUGACAUUACAUCGCCCUCUCCGUCUUCUGUACCAGAGAACGAUGCUAUGCUAUUCGAGCUUUCAACACUCCUCGAAGAUCAAGCCAGUUUUGAUCCAUCCUCAACAGCUGGAACAACCAUCAUAAACAAUGCCCUUAGCUUGAUUGAUGCAGCCCUCCGGCUUGCCCUGACAAACCUACCUCCAAAGGCACUCUCGUGUCUAAAGAUCACGGAGAGAUCAUCUUUCAAGCACCUUGAUGAAUUUUGUCCCGCCAUGUGGAGCUCCGGUCACCUCGAGCAUUACAGGNCUCUUGCAUCACGAGCAGUCUUCCUGCCCACCAUCAGCCACGCCCUCUCCAACUCCAUCUCACAACGAGCACGCUCAUUUGCCCUAAAAGAAAAGCUCAAAGAGAUUGCUCGACAAGAAUAUCCUGUAACGUCGAACGGCCAACAUACCGAACCAUCGACUAUACAGAAAGCAGUUAGUGUCAGACUUUGGCGUCUCAUGCAACGUCGUCUUCGUGAUCCAUCUGCUGGUAAAAAACUAAAGUCGAUUCUAAUCAGUGAUGCAACAUUGUCGACAUCUGAGCAGGAUGAAGACAUUGACAACAUACUGAAUUUCGAGCAUGAAAGCGAACAAUACAUAUUCGAACAGUCUGAGGAUUGCUUGGAGUUGGAUGAUGAAGACGACGAAGAGGGCUUACUCGAUACUGAGUACGAGAGUGAAUGGGAGGAUUUGUUCACAGAUCUGGAACCGGAUGAAAGUCCAUCUGAUGAUGACAUGCUCGAUUGUCUACACAAUGGACAGCAUGACGACUACGACCAAAUCGUCGCUUAUGAUCUCGACGAUGAGAUGGCUUCGGUUUUUGAAGAUAUGCUUGAGCUAUGA